CUCCCCGACUCAAUCAACCCAUUCAAUCACAACCUUCGAAUCGUCACAAAUCACAAACCUAACAAGAUAACACCAUCACACGCGGCAUAGCCACCCUCACAGCAGUAGCAUCACCUUUGCCACAGCGCUCAAGCCCCCAUCGACGCUGCUGCAGCUGUGCGACACAAACAUCCCAGCAACAUCGGGCAUCCUUCCCUCGUGCCUUCCUCAUAGUUCUGGGUGCCGGAGACCCCGCGGCCUUUGCCACCGCCGUCACCGCCGAUAGACGACAUCUACACGGCUAAAGGCCCAGCUACACCCAUCGCACUCUCCUCCUCUUCCCCCACAACAACAAGAUGAACUUCUUCAACAGGAGCAGGACUCGCACGCCAGUCGAGAGCGUGCGCGCGCUCCGCGAAAACAUUGGCCGCCUCGGCACCGCCAUGUCCGCCGAACAGAAGAAGAGGGUUACAGAGGAGAACUCGAGGUUGAUAGCCACUGUCAAGGCAUGCCUCUGCGGCGAGGGUGAUGUCGACUCGACGCCCGAGACGGUCACGGCUGUUGCCAACGAGGUGUAUAACCAGGACUUGUUAAGUCAGCUGGUCACCAACCUUCCGAGACUCGAGUUUGAGGCGAGGAAAGAUGUCGGACACAUCUACAACACUCUCCUCCGCAGGCAGAUCGGAACACGUCUGCCUACGGUCGAGCUUAUUGUCAACAAGCCCGAUAUCAUCUUCAACACGCUCAAGGGAUACGCAGAUGCAGACAUUGCUCUGAACACUGGUAUGAUCCUCAAGGAAAUGCUGCGGUAUGAGCCUCUGGCUAAGAUCCUCCUCCACUCUGAACAGUUCUACACCUUCCCCAAGUACAUUGAAGACACGACAUUUGGCAUCUCUUGCGACGCGUUUGCGAACAUGAAGGAGACCUUGACAAAACACAAGACAAUGGUCGCAACAUACCUGGAGCGCAAUUAUGACCGGUUCUUCAACAUGUACAACACGCUCAUCAUGUCCAACAACUACGUGACGAAGCGUCAAUCGCUCAAGCUGCUUGGCGAGAUCCUGCUGGACCGGGCAAACUAUUCGAUCAUGACAAAGUACAUUGCGUCAGAAGCCAACCUCAAGCUCAUGAUGAACUUCUUGCGCGACAGGAGCCGCAACAUUCAGUUUGAGGCGUUCCACGUGUUCAAGGUCUUUGUUGCCAACCCAAACAAGCCACCAGAGAUUGCACGUAUCCUACGCCGAAACAAGGACCGCUUGCUCGUGUUCCUCAAGGACUUCCACAACGACAAGGAUGAUGAUCAGUUCAACGACGAAAAGCAAUUCCUCAUUACGCAAAUCGAGCGCCUCUAGGUCGAGUUCCGUUCCCCCCCCCACAUCUCCAAGCCAUUGAUGGCGCGUUGAACGCCCCUUGCGCCAGGCUGGAGCAGCAUACACGAUACAGCCCAGUCUUGCAUUUCAACAUGGUACUCUGCAGGAGUGCCACUCUCACGUUUCCACCCACGCACAGGCCGCUCCCAUGGCUGCCACCAUCACGCUCCCUCCCAUGACACUAUCUCUCUCACCGCGCAUUGCACUCUUGCGAGUUGCGAGGUUGACCUCCCCUCUUCUUUGCAUCGUACAACUUGCCUCCUCGUCCCCCACGUCCCUAGUCCAUAAAUAGCUGUCUCGGCAGUCGGCAAGUCUGUCUCCUGACCACCCUGGCGGUUGACAUGUUACCUGGAUGUUGGCUGCGUGGUGCAUCUCCAUUUCCUGAAUGUCAGAGUCUCGACACGUCGCGUUGCGGUGAGUUCGGAGUUGGAUUCCUGGGCUGGCCCCAUGGGCCCCAUUGUCUAGUCUUUGGUCGUUGAGGCUUGCGUAGGUUGCAGUGUGGGUGUGUGGGGUGUGAUUCGCAGGGAAUGACGCAGCGUGGAUACGCGCGCAGCAGCAGCAGCAGGACCCAAAGUGUCGGGAAUACCUUUUUGUGACCCAAAAGGCUUUACGGUCGGACCGGUGGAUGUAAAAUGCCCGCAAAAUGGGGAAUGCCCAGUAAAAUAGACCGCCCAGCCGUCACAAGCCGACUGGGCCCCCACGACGAAAGUCGACGACGAUGGCAACAGACCCCACAUGCUGC